AUGAGAAGCAUAUUUUUGAUCGAAAUUUUCUUUUACCUGAGUAAUGCGCAGUCAACUCGGCCCACCAUGAUAGCUGAUGUUAUUGAAUAUUUUCACAAACCUUCAACUGUAAUAGCGAAAAUUUGCUGGGCCCCUUGUCAAACAGUUGAAUUUAACAAGAUUAUUUCGGAUAGAAAUAUACAGACUAAUACAGCAGGUGCAACAAAUGUAACUGACAAGCAAUUGUAUUAUAUAGAAGAAGAUUUAAUAUUUCUAGCCGAUCUUAAUUGUCCUGACAUCGUCGAUUAUUUUGAGGAGAAUGCCGCAAGGAGCUAUUUCCGAGCGCCAUUUCGUUGGCUUCUUAUCGGAGAUGUGGACGAAAAUGUGUACGAUAUGGUGCCUAAUUUAGUUGCAAGUGUUGAUAUUUUACCUGAUUCACAGGUUAUUAUCAUAUCGAAAAAUAAUGACACUCAUUAUUUGAAUUACAUUUACAAAACAGGUACAAAUAGCUCUUGGAAAACUGAACACUAUGGAACGUGGGACGAAAGAAACGGCUUUCAAAUAUAUGACACCUUCUUUGAAACCACAUCUUUAAGACGCCUCGACUUAGAUCGAUACGAAAUAAGCAUUUGUUAUGUUCUCACAAAUAACGAGAGCAUUAACCAUUUGAGCGAUGGAAUAGAUGAUCACAUUGAUACGAUUACGAAAGUGAAUUUCCCUACAACUAACCAUUUGCUGGAUUUCCUCAACGCUACAAGAAAAUAUAUUUUUGCUGAGACCUGGGGUUAUCGCGUCAACGGUACUUGGAAUGGAAUGACGGGCCAUUUGGUCAGAGGAGAAGUUGAAAUUGGAGGAUCUCCUAUGUUCUUUACUUUUGAACGAAUAUCCAUCGUGGACUACAUCGCAAGCCCAACUCCAACCCGCUCUAAGUUCGUAUUCCAACAACCAAAGCUCUCAUAUGAAAAUAAUCUGUUCCUACUACCAUUCAAUACGACUGUAUGGUACAGCACCGUAGCCUUAGUAUGUACAAUUUAUUUCGUUUUGUUUCUUGUGGCGAAAUGGGAAUGGAGAAAAAUGAGUCAUGCUGUUGAAACAAGAGAAACAAAUUCUGGCAUUCUAAGAGCCAAUGCUGUUGAUAUUAUUAUACUAAUGUUUGGAGCUGCAUGUCAACAAGGAAGUCCUUGCGAACUAAAAGGAUCUCUUGGUCGAGUGGUAAUGCUGGUGUUGUUCCUUUCACUAAUGUUCCUCUACACUUCAUACUCAGCAAAUAUUGUGGCGCUACUGCAAUCCAGUUCUUCGCAUAUUAAAACUUUGGAUGAUUUACUUCAUUCCAGGCUUAAAUUUGGUGUACAUGAUACUGUUUUUAACAGAUAUUACUUCUCGACCACUACUGAACCUACUCGAAAAGCAAUAUAUGAGAAGAAAGUUGCACCACCCGGAACUUCACUAGGCUUCAUGACUAUGGAUGAAGGAGUCAUAAGAAUGGGAAAGGGAUUGUUUGCAUUUCACAUGGAAACUGGUGUAGGAUACAAGUUUGUGGGCAAAUAUUUCAGCGAAGGACAAAAAUGCGGCCUUCAAGAAAUACAGUACCUACAAGUCAUUGAUCCAUGGUUGGCUGUGAGGAAGGACUCACCAUAUAAGGAGAUGUUCAAGAUUGGAAUGAAACGUAUACAAGAACAUGGUUUACAGUACCGAGAAAAUCGUCUAAUGUAUGAGAAACGACCAAAAUGUGCUGGCGGCGGCUCGAACUUCGUAUCAGUCAGCAUGGUGGAUUGUUAUCCUGCUUUACUUAUUUUAUCAUAUGGCGCUUUAUUAGCUCUAAUUCUACUUGGCUUUGAGAAUUUACUUUACAAGAGACACCAGAUGAUUCAAAAUUUACGUUGCUUGCACGAUAAAAGCAAUGAAGAUGUUAUAAAUUAG